UAUGUGCAGGUGGUGGAUGUGGAGUUGAGUAAAACUUUUAAACUUGCUAAGUAUUCCAGGUGUAUUCUCAUCAUCACCUGUCUCACCACUCUGAUGCUGGUUGCGUUUCUCCUCCAAAUGGUCUUUGCUCCCUCCAUCUCCAUCUUUUCAUCCACUCUGAAGAACAGUCCUCCCACAACACACUUGUGUAAUGAGUCCUGCAGGUUGGUGUUGGUGGAGAGCAUACCGGACGGUUUAGAGUUUAACUCCACCGUGGUUCAUACAUCCAUUUAUGAGACCUGGUUGAAUCUAAUCUCCGAAGCUCAGAGCAGUCUGGAUAUCGCCUCCUUCUACUGGACCCUCACCAACGACGAUACGCGAACUCACGAACCUACAGCCAAACAGGGUGAGAGGAUUUUGCAGGAACUUGCAGAUCUUUCUGGGAGAAUUUCAGUGAGAAUUGCAGUCAACACUCCUCAGGAAAAACAACCAAAGCAUGAUAUCCAGCUGCUAAUUAAGUCCGGUGCUGAUGUGAGGAGUGUGAAUAUGAAAGAAUUAACCUCUGGAGUGCUGCACACCAAAUUCUGGGUGGUGGAUAAGAAACACAUUUACAUUGGCAGUGCCAACAUGGACUGGAGAUCGCUGACUCAGGUGAAGGAGCUGGGCGCGGUGGUGUACGACUGCAGCUGUCUCGCUAAGGACCUUGAGAAAAUCUUCGAAGCUUAUUGGUUCCUUGGUGAGAGCCAGACGAUUCCCGUCCCCUGGCCCAGCCAAUACGCUACAGCCUUUAAUAAGGACACGCCCAUGCAGCUGUCAAUCAACAACACUGACGCUAGAGUUUACCUUUCGAGUUCUCCUACGUCUCUGUGUGCGGAGGGAAGAACUGCAGAUCUUGAAUCUAUUCUGAGUGUCAUUAGCGAUGCCCAGGAGUUUGUUUACAUCGCUGUGAUGAACUACCUGCCCACCAUGGAGUAUUCAUCACACAAACGGUACUGGGCUGAUAUAGAUACUGAGUUAAGGCGUGUAGCCUACGAGAGAAAGGUUCAUGUAAGGUUAUUGAUCAGCUGUUGGGGAAGCAGUUCUCCGAUCAUGCUCUCGUACCUGCGCUCUCUCGCCUCAUUACAGCAUCCAAAAUCCAAACUGGACGUUCAGGUGAAAAUCUUCAUCGUUCCUGCCAGUCCGAGUCAGAAGAAAAUCCCGUAUGCUCGAGUGAACCAUAAUAAGUACAUGGUGACAGACCAAGUGGCGUAUAUCGGAACGUCGAACUGGUCAGGUGAUUACUUUGUGAACACAGCAGGUUCUGCGUUGGUGGUGAAUCAGACCUUCUCCUCGUCGGUAGAACCCACAGUGAGGGAACAGCUCCAGAACGUGUUCGAGAGAGACUGGGAUUCUGAUUACAGCACUCGACUUGGGCACGACGCCGACAUCGAUCAGCUCUGUCAGAUAAAACCCUGAACCAACAGGGGGCGCUCUGACUUCUCCACUGUGUUCUGAUUGUGUUUAUGACCAAGCCCCUGACAGACUUUCAUUCUUACUUAUUAGACGAGCGUCCACAGAACCGAGUUCUGUAAGUGCAUUGACAUGUUCACUAACUCAUCGUCAGGAUGCGGUACAACCGGUUCUGUCAGCUCCCUGCUCAGCCAGUGCAGUGGGAGGAUUUGAACCCAGUCAGUGUAAACAAAACUGCAACAACACUAUCUCGAUCAUUCUGAAGGUGGUUGCUCCAGUAUGAACUGUUUAGUCUGAACUAAACCAAUCAUAACAACUGAUCAGGUUGCAGUAUGCUGAGAUCAAAAGUUUCUCUACAUCUAUAUAUGGUCAAAAUAUACAGACAACAGUCCUAAUUUUUAGUUUUAUGUCCAUUGGAUCAUUAGUUUAUGACCACCGAAAAGCUUCUGGUGCAUCUCUGGUUGGAUUUUUUGCUUGGCUAACUGGUACAGGUUUGCUUUUUCAAUACAGUCCCUCUGUUCUCGAUAAGGUUGAGGUCAGGACUUCGUUUGUGUUGGAGCAUUGUGCUGCUUGAACACUCGGCUAUAUCCAAGAAUAGAGGUAAUCUUUUUUUUAAUGAUUCCAUCCACUUUCUGCAGUGCACCAGUUCUACUGGCAGUAAAACAGACCCAGAGCAAAAUACUGCCACCACCUGACUUCACAGCUGGUACUGUGUCAUCGUUCUUUUCUCUUUCAGACAAAAUUCUGCUAAUGUGGCCAAAAAGGGCGGCACGGUGGCUAAGUGGGUAGCACCGUCACCUCACAGCAAGAAGGUCCUGGGUUCGAUCCCCAGGUGGGGCGGUCCGGGUCCUUUCUGUGUGGAGUUUGCAUGUUCUCCCCAUGCCCGCGUGGGUUUCCUCCAGGUGCUUCGGUUUCCUCCCACAGUCCAAAGACGUGCAAGUGAGGUAAACUGGAGACACUAAAUUGUCCAUGACUGUGUUCGAUAUAAUCUUGUGUAAUGAGUAACUACCGUUUCUGUCAUUAAUGUAACCAAAGUGUUGAACAUGAUGUUAAAAUUCUAACAAACAAACAAUGUGGCCAAAAACUCAACACUACUGUCCCAACUCCCAACUUUGAAUAUCAGCAAAGCCGCCAGCCUUGCUGGGUGUCCACACAAUUGGACAUGUUUAUGGAAGGAAAGGUCAGACGUUUUGGGGAAAGGUACUGCUCUGCGUGUGAACCAAACACUGACACAGAUUGGACAAAUGUCAGAGGGGGCCUGUGUUGAUCUGGAUCUCUUUAAUUAGAUCAGGAGGUGUGCAAUGUGGCAGCGGAUUCACAAUUACGAAUUGGAAUUGACCAAAUUGGGGGAUGAGCGGGGGCUCAUUAAAAGCAUCAUGCUGAGAAGAACUUUGUGUAGAUGACCAGAUCAUUAGCACCUUAAAGCUAAACUAAAGUUUGUUUCUCCUGGACUUUUUCCACAUUCAUCUCCCAUGGUAGUCAUAUCCUAUUCCCAAUUGUAAAUCUGCUGCUGCUUGUACAACCCCCGGUCUGAACAAGGAGAUUUGGUUUGUGGUUUUUUUUUUACCAACCUUGGUAAAGAGACCAUCAUUUUUAAUGUACUUUUACUAGAAUUUAUCAGUGAUGAGGAAUCAGGAGGUCAUGAUACAAAGUUAAAUGACAUUAUAGACCUUUCUACACCAACACAAUUAUCCUCUAAACUGCUGUCUGUAUACUUAUGACCCAGCAGAUUUUUAGAAAACCCACAAUAAUCUAUAAGAGAAAUGCUAUAACAAUGUUCUUACAGGUGUCUAUAAUCUUUUGAUCUGGUCAGUGCUAAACAGGUUGUUGAUGUUGAUCUAAACUGGCUGAAUAAAUAAUGGACUGUUUUCUUGCACUACAAUAAUCAUGAACACGUCUCAGGAAUCAAACUGGAUCCUUCAUCAACAUUCAUCAGGAUCUCUGCACAUUUUUUAACAACGUUCUAUCAAAAUGAUAUAAAGUUUAACAGAUUCGUAUUUUCAAAUCAAGUAUUUUUUUGAAGCUGCAGUAACGAACUGUUUUCAGGGCCGAAUCAUUUUUAAUAAACGGUAUAUUUUUUUGCUGAUGCCUGGAAAUCUUGCUGCCGUCACUGAUCAGUCGAAAACUCUGGUACUUGAAUUUUUAUUCAAUAUUUUUUUCUCCUUUCAGUCAAUAAAAACAUUUUACUGA